GCUCUCGCGAAAAGAGGCUGGGUUACAAAGCCCUUGUAAUGGCGACUAUGUUCUUUGGAGAUGUCCGAGGUUGAUUUUGGCCGAUUCCACCGCAGACUUGUUUAGGAUAGUUUCGACCUUUAAGACUUCAGAAAUAACCUCUAUAGUUCUAUUGUCAAAGGUGGGAAUCAAAGGGCUGAAAAAGAUGUAGUUUGAAGUGGACUCAAUGUAUUUUAGCAUGAGUGAAAGACGUUUCCUUUCUCUUCUAUUGUCAUUCACUUGGUUUUUGCCACUACAAGGGGGCAUAAACGGUGCAUUUGAACCAUGCCCUGGGAAAUACUGUGGAAGGGUAAUUAAAGAGGAUGGAAAACCUGGAGACUGCGGAGCUUGCCCAAGAGGUUAUAAUACCAAUGGCACGGUAUGCUUGGAAUGCUCAUCAUCUCCUGAUUUAUAUGACUGGUUGUACUUGGGUUUUAUGGCAUUCUUGUCUUUGAUAAUUCAUUGGUUCUUCAUUGACUUGUUUGCCAAAAGAGAUAGAAAAAGCAUCUUGCUUCUCUGCGUGAGUGCUUUUGUUGAAAGUACUUUAGCUGCCAUUUUUUCUCUUCUUGUCAGUAAACCUCAAGGCAGCCUAAGUUUGACCUCAUGCAAGACAAAACAAAUUGCAGACUGGUAUACAAUAUUCUUUAAUCCCAAACCUGAUUAUGUCAACACCAUUCAUUGCACACAGGAAGCUGUUUAUCCUUUGUACACCAUAGUGCUCAUGUAUUAUGCACUCUCUGUUGGGCUCCUGUUUUUGUUCCGGCCCAUUAUUUCACACCAGUUCUGUGAUGGCCAGGGGCGAGAUUCUACGUAUGCUGCCAUGUACUUCUUACCAUCCCUUGCAGUGUUGCAUGCCUUAUUUGGUGGAAUCAUUUAUUAUUCUUACCCAUACAUCACUUUAACUGUCUCUGUCCUGAGCACUGCUGCAGUCCUUGCCAAGAAUAAAAUAACGCAUAUCAGUCAGUUGGUCAAGAGCAAACGUCACGCGAUAAUCAUCGUGGCUCAUUGGUUGGCGCAUGCGUAUGGAAUAUUGGCUGUCACGCAACUCCGUGACCCUGCAGUUCAUGGACCGAUGUUCGCAUUAGUGUUGGCUCCAGUGUCAUUCUUUUUGUUAACACAUUCUUUUACGGAACCAAGCAAGUUUAAGACUCCUUGAAUUCACUUCACGUUCUCUCAUAUAGCACUCAGCGUCGGGAUGUGUUUUCGCUAACUUCAUCACGCGGUGAAUUACGCUGGGGAAAAAAAAAGGGGGGGGGACACAUCGCCUGUAAAUUCGCGAACCAAUAAUUACACUUAGUUCGUCUCCCCACACACAUACACAAAGAGAACCACGUUUAUUUUUUUAAAUUUCUCUUCAUGUUGCUUCUUAUAAUUGUCUUGAAAGACAUUUAGAUCCAUGAUUUUGUAAAGUGUAGUAAAAAAGGGCAGACAAUGUCUGCCAAAUAUGUUAAUGAAACUGGCGGCACGAACUCGAGUUUGAAAAAUCUGUCAUUUCUGUGUCAUUAAGGUAUGGGCAGUAAAAAUAGAAAUUAUUUAAGAGUAUUAUAUUUGCUGUUCUUGAAUGAUGUUUAGUGUGGCCAGUGCUAUCCAUUGUACCAGACUUCAGUAAAUCUGUUGAGUAAUUAUUUGAGUAAGAAUGAAUCAGAUAUAAACAUCACUGGU